CCAAAAUCAUUGUAGACCUGUGUUAUGUGUGGAGUUCGGAGAAAUUCAUCUAAAUAUAUUCUCAACACCUUAGUUUAUUGACUAACUUGGGUGUUACUUUCAGAAUAUGUCAGAUUUUACGGUAUAUAAACUUGUGAUUGUUUAGUUCCAAAUAUUAUUGAAUCAGUUUUACCUCUGAAGUAUUAAGUUAAUCAGCUUAACACCACUGUAAACAUGUUCGAGUGCGAAUAAUAUAAUUCUAAUUACUCAUAAUCUGUUUUGGCAAAACGCAGUUAUCUUUAUAGCCAACAUUUUAUCCAAAAACCAUGGACUAUCUGACACAACUCUGUAUCUCGCAACCUGCUAAUUGUUUUCUCGAUUAGCAUUCCGUUAAAUUUCGUUUGAUUAGAACACUGUGGAUUUCUGUCGCGUAUUUAUCUAGCUUAUCUUAUCAAAAUGCGCGCAUAGGUGAAUUCAAGCAAGUGAUGUAGUUUCAUCCGUGAAAAAGUAUAAACGGUGAAUCUGAUAUCGGUAGUGAAAUGGAAUUCAAACCGCCUAAAGAGCGGAAAACUAGAGGUCUUGGAUUGUCUUUCAGGAGGAAGAAAGUACCUACAGAGUUGGAAUCAUGGUUCAAAGGCGGGAACACAAAACGUCCAACAGGAGGUGGGACAUCCCGACCUGCCUCAGCCAUCGAAUCCAGGCCCGGGUCCGAUAUCGUCGAUGCGGACGACGACGAUUACGAUUACGAGAAAAAAUUGGAGAAAAUGAGCGAAUCAGAUGUCAACGAUAUGAUUGAAGAACUUUUGAGUGACAUGAACCUAAAUGACGAUAAAAAGAAACCCCUUCGCAACAUGCCAUUAGACCAAAAGAAGCGAAUGCUGGUGAUGCAAAAGAAAAAGCGUGGUCAGCAGGACACUGGCAAUAGGUUCAACGAACCCGAGGAUUAUCACAAGUACCUUGAAAACCACCUGAAUUCCGAAUACAACACGCCUAUUCACAAGUACCUGAGUUGUGUGGAGAGUUUGAGGGUCGCGUUAGCCAAUAAUCCCUUAAGUUGGGUGGAGAAAUUCGGGUCUGUGGGGCUGCAGUUGCUUUUGCAAGUGUUGGAGAUUGGAUUGAAGCAUAAAGAAUACAAACUGCAAACAGAGUGCCUACGAUGUCUGGAAAAAUUCAUGAACAACACGACAGGAUACAAAAACUUUUUCAAAAAUACUAAAGGACACGAGCUUGUCGCGAAAUGCCUGAAUCACGAACGACCUCAAGUGAUGAUCCAGGCGCUCAAAAUCCUUGCACCCCUCUGCUUAUUCGAUGAAGGAGCAGAUGAUGAGGGAUCGAAAAAAGUUUUGAUGGCUAUCACCAAAGUAGGGGAAGAAGAAGAUAGAGAAAGAUUUCUGCCCAUUGUGAACGGUAUCGCGAAAACCAACAAUGCAGAAUUACAGAGUAUGUGUUUUCAAUUUAUCAACGCUCUUCUGUCAGAGACAGAAGAUUUUGAAUUCAGGAUGCACCUAAGAAACGAAAUUAUCAGAAAUGGACUGUAUGACAAACUCCAGGAAUUGAAGAACGAGACAAACCCUGUGAUAAAGACACAGUUUGAUAUAUUCGAAAGUAGGCGAGAAGAUGACGCUGAUGAAUUGCACGAAAGAUUCGACAAGGUUCGACUGGACAUGGACGACAUCCAGGAAUGUUUCGAGGUAUUGAAAAACAUCACCUUAGAAACGGUCUCUGAACCAUAUUUCCUUAGUAUAUUACAACACCUGCUAUUCAUCAGGGAUGACAUCAACAUGAGGCCGGCAUAUUUUAAGUUGAUAGAAGAAGUAGUGUCCCAGAUAGUCCUUCACAAAUCUGGCUUGGAUCCUGAUUUCAAGAAAAACCACAUUGACAUCGAUUUACAACCACUUUUGGAUGAGCUAAAGGACAAGCCAAUGUUGGUGGAAAGUGCCGAAGUGGAAGGCCUGCGCAAGCAACUGGAAGAAGCGCUGGCCGCGAAGACAGAAGCCGAGGCGAAGCUAGACUUAAUGCAGGGUCGUACUGGGAGCGGUCCACCGCCGCCCCCGAUGCCUGGAGGCGGGCCACCUCCGCCGCCGCCCCCACCGAUGCCCGGAGCUGGGGGUGGCGUUCUUCCACCACCUCCUCCGCCUAUACCGGGUGGGGGAGGUGGUCCUCCGCCGCCUCCGAUGCCAGGGAUGGGUCCACCGCCUCCUCCAAUGCCAGGAGCAGGCCCCCCUCCACCCCCGAUGCCCGGCAUGGGCCCACCUCCUCCUCCUAUGCCGGGCGGCGGUAUGGGCCCCCCACCCCCUCCAAUGUUCGGCGGCAUGAUGCCCCCUCCACCCAUACCGGGAGGGGGGGCGGCUAUGCCGAGGCCGGACCUGUUGCCGCACGGACUCAAGCCCAAGAAGAAGUGGGAGGUCAAGGGACCGUUAAAAAGGGCCAAUUGGAAAACGAUUAUUCCUCAAAAGAUGUCAGAAAAGGCCUUCUGGGUAAGAGCAAAAGAGGAGGAUCUGGCAGAACCAGACAUUCUAGAUGGGCUGGCAACGAAAUUCUCAUCAAAACCUGUCAAAAAUACGGAAGAUGUGACGGAUAGGAGCAGCAAUUGUGGUACAUUGAAAAAAGUGAAAGAAUUGAAAGUUUUGGAUAGUAAAACUGCCCAAAAUAUUAGUAUUUUGUUGGGUGGUUCACUGAAACACAUGGAUUAUGAUGACAUCAAGAAGGCCUUACUACGUUGUGAUGAUACGAUUUUGUCUGAAAGCAUUACUGAACAGCUUAUACAAUAUCUACCUCCAGCCGACCAACUUAGCAAACUACAAAACUUCAAAGACAAGUACAAAGACCUAACAGAAGCUGAACAGUUUUGUGUAAAAAUCUCGGAGGUGAAAAGACUGUUACCCAGAUUGAAAUCCCUUAGUUUUAAACAUCAUUAUGUAGAAAUGGUUCAAGACACAAAACCAGAUAUUGUAGCGGCAACAGCAGCAUGUGAAGAGGUGAAAAAAAGUAAAAAGUUCGCAAGGAUUUUGGAGCUUAUUUUGCUUAUGGGCAAUUACAUGAACUCUGGAAGUAGAAACGCACAGGCAUUUGGAUUUGAAAUGUCGUUCCUUACUAAGUUAACUGCCACAAAAGACGUAAACAAUAAACAGACCCUGCUUCAUUACAUAGCACAAACGAUAGAAAAUAAAUGGCCAGAACUUUUGAAUUUCUACGAUGAAAUGCCACAUAUUGAUAGAGCUAGUCGAGUAUCGUUAGAUACGAUACAGAAAACACUACAACAGAUGGACUCCAAUAUAAAGAACCUAAAGACAGAUUUAACGAAUAACAGAGUACCUCAGAGUGAAGAAGAUAAGUUUUUAGAAGUUAUGGAGAAAUUCUGCGAGGAGGCCAGAGAACAGUGUGAUGUGAUGCAGAAAAUGUUCAAAAAAAUGGAGAACCUGUACAGUGACCUUGCCGAAUACUAUGUCUUUGAUAAACAGAAGUAUACCCUUGAAGAGUUUUUCACGGAUUUGAAAACCUUCAAAGAUGGCUUUGUUCAAGCAAAGUCAGACAAUCAAAGAGAUCGCGAAUUGGAAGAGAAGAAAGAGAGGGCACGUCAAGCGAAGCUGAAACAAGAACAGGAGAAGGAAGAGAGGAAUAAGAGGCGACUGAUAGACAUGAAUCCGAAGGAAACUCAGGAGGGUGUCAUGGACAGUCUUCUGGAGGCGCUCUCGUCCGGUAGCGCUUUCGGCAGGGAACAAAAGAAAAGGAGGGGGCCUAGACCUGCCGGAGCGGAAAGAAGAGCACAGUUGGUGAGGUCGAGAUCGAGAACCGGUUUGAUAGGUGGUAGAGAGUUAACUAGGGCGACUUCGCUCAAAGACGAUGCUCAAAAUUUUGAAAUGUGUUUGUCAGAAAACGAACUAGGGUACUCUACUGUGUCUGUCUUUUUCUAACUGAAACAGUGUGUUAAUAGACGUAUGAAAACUCGGAUGCGGAAUGAACAACGAAACUCAACGAUGUUUUACAAAUAUUUCCUUUGUUUAAUUGUAAAUUAUUUUCAUUUAUUUACGUUUUCGAAUCUCAAGAUUGUAAUGUAAAAUUAUGUUCGGCUAUUUUAAGGAGUUGAAGUUUGUUCCAAUUUGUUGUAUGUAUAUGUUUUGCUUAAUAAUUUGGUUGUAAAUACUAAUUUGAAAUUAGGAGAUAGGGAUCAAAACCGACUUUAUGCAGAAUGAUUGAAUCAAAAUCAGACACACGGUCUGUGAAUAAUUAGAGAAUAAAAGCAAAAAAGCUCAUGGAAUAUCCUUGUAAUUGUAAGAAUAAAAUGUGAUUGUACAGUAAAUAAAAUACAAAUGAGAGGUACUGAAUACAAUAUUCGUAGGAAUGUUUGAACACACUGCCAUUUUUUUAACACAAUUGCACAAAAUGACUCACUUAUCACAUUUUUUCUAGAUAAUCGCAACUUGAAACUUGGUAUUUUCACAAAAUAAAACUGAUAUGUGUUUAGCACAAUCUGCUCUUUUCAUUUGUAAUUUAUUUAUUUACUUUAUUGUACUUUAAAUAUUGUAUUUAUUUUAUAUAACUAUAUUUUUAUAAGAACUGUGAAUAUUUC